CCCCCUUCCUCUGCCACAUUUGAGACCCUGCGUCCGGUGACAUCAUUAAAAGAUGUUCCUUCCGUCCGACGCUGUGUGGAGCUGCUCCGGCCGAACGUGAACUGCUAGCAAACCAGAAGACAAAAGCAACAAAGUGAACCCCGCUCCGGAUCAAUCAAAUGUGUCAAAUUUAACUGUUUGGGGGCCAAAAACCCUGGGAUCACACCACCAUACUCCACAGUCGCGUGUGGUGAGGUAGAACUACUCGUCAAAUGGAGAGCAGCAUGCAGGCACCCUGUGUCCUCGAGAGCCCCACACACAUUACAACGCCUGCUUGAGAGCUGUUGUAUCGAUGACUUACACCUGAAAUAGGUGAUUACAUUUGACAAGGCAGACCUGACUAUUCUACAGAAACCCUUGGGCUGCUGCCAUGGACGGGGAGGAAGAGGUCUCUCACAUGAGUGAGGACAUGGACAGUGAACCGAAUGGCUCCACUGAAAGUAAAAAAAAGGAGGCAAAAGGGACCUGCCUGAAAAUUGAGGGCCAGGAUGGCUAUGUGUUCAAAUCCUACAGCAUUAACCCUCAUGACACUGCAGAUGCAAGUUCACCAGCCUGCUCAUCAUCAACACUGGAUAAAGACUCCCCCCUUUCUCCCCAUUUAUCUUCUCAGGAUGACAAACAGUUUCAGUCAGAUGAAGCAAAAGAGACUGACCCAGGCUCCCCCGCUCUUUCAAACAAAUACCUAAACACUGAUAUUGAGGAAAGUACAGAGAAUGAAAAAUAUGACGAUAACAAUGAAGCGAGUCAACAUAUCAAACGGGAAGACAUUGAGGGUGCAAAUGGAAUACAGGAUGGCAUGCAUGAAGAUGAAAGGCUUGCAUUUGGAAGCUCAUUUGGCCCUUUUCUAACAAAAGAAAGCGAUGAGUAUAGUAAUUUACUAAGUGGCUACACAGGCACCCUUUAUGAUGUUGCCAUGGACGCUGUGACUCAGAGCCUUUUAUCUUCCAUGAGGAGUCAAACCAAUCCAAGGAAAAAAUCUCCCGCAUGGAAUCACUUUUGCAUAUCACCACGAGACAGUACCAAAGCAAUCUGUUUAUACUGCAUGAAAGAGUUCAGUCGGGGUAAGAAUGAGAAAGACCUCAGUACAAGUUGUUUAAUGAGGCAUGUACGGAGAGCUCACCCCACCGUGCUCCUACAAGAUGGAGCAGACGCGUCCUCAACUAAUCUGACUAACUCUCUUCCCUCAUCUUUCAUGCUUCCCUCCCCAAAUUCACCAAAAAAUGGAGACUUGACAAAUAGCAUCACUACUUCUGCCUCAAAGAACACUUCACCGUCCACCUCAGCUGAGAAUUCAGACCCGUCAUCCAAAGAAGUGUUACCCAAAGUCGAACCAAAACUAGAACAGUAUGCCAACGUUGACACAGUUGGUAGCAUGCUCGCAUCCUCACAUUCCAAUGAAAACAACUUUGAUGACAUGUCAGAGGCAGGGCCCGAGCGCCUCCCCGGGACCCCCAAAAGCUCUAGUUCCCGUCGCAGAUCAGCUGUAUGGAAACACUUCUACCUGUCGCCUGCUGAUAAUUCCAAAGCAGUAUGUAUCCAUUGCAUGAAUGAAUUCAGUAGGGGUAAAAAUGGUAAAGAUCUAGGGACAAGUUGUCUAAUUCGUCAUAUGUGGAGGGCCCACAAGGAGGUUGUCAUUGAGGAAAAUGGACAGGGCAAUCACAUUCCCCCACCCUAUACAAACCCACCCUCACUUUUGUCCCGCACAACUUUACAAGAUCCACAAGAGUUGAAAAAAGAAUCCUCCCCUUAUCCAUCCUCACCGGAGAACUUGUCAGAAGAACUGCCCCAAAGCAUGGAGGAAAGUAUGGAUAUACAGCAGGAAUCUGAGGACAUGAUGCAACUCUCAGGGCAAGAGUCCUCCCUCAAUCUCUCCUUCAAAAUUAAGACCGAGGACACACCCCUAACUUCCUCACCAUGUGACCUCUCUGAGGGCCCCAGCCUCAAUCAGGAUCAUUCUGUUUUCCAGCAAAACAAGAAGAUCAUGAAACGGGUGAAAUCCGAAGUGUGGCACCAUUUCAUAGUGUCACCAGUUGACCAAUUAAAAGCACUGUGCCGUUACUGUCCAUGUGUCAUCAGUCGAGGGAAAAGGGGCGACUUUGGUACAAGCUGUCUGAUGAGGCAUCUCAUGAGACGCCACCCAGAUGUCCUCAAAAACCAAAAAAGCCUGGACGAAAAGGAAUCUUCCUCCCCUCAACCUCACACCAAUCUCACUGCAACAGAUGCAGUUUCAACCAAAGAAACUGAGAGCCCAGCCAGUGAGAAAAAACCACCAACCCUGCCUGUUUUCAGUAAAAAGACGUCAAAACUGUGGAACCAUUUCUCUAUUUCACCUGCUGACCCCACAAAGGUGGUUUGUUUGCACUGUAGCCGCACAAUUAGCAGAGGCAAAAAGACUACAAACCUCGGCACAAGUUGCCUCUUUAGACACAUGCAGAGGUUUCAUGGACACGUUCUUGAAAGUAACAAUGCUAUCUCAGGUGAUGUGCCGUCUGCUGAAAUUAAUGUUAAACAAGAGCUCAUGGAAACAUCGGUCUUUGAAACAGAACAGAGCUGUGAAAGGUUUGAUGAACUCCACCCGGUUGCCAAAAAAAUCACCAAACUUAUCGCAGAAAUGCUUGCACUGGAUCUUCAGCCAUCAGCUAUGGUGGAGAAUGCUGGACUAAACAGACUGCUAGAGUACCUCCAGCCUCAGUAUUCUCUACCACCUUCUUCUUACUUUACUAGCACUGCCAUACCAGAUAUGUACGAAAAGGUGAAGGAUGUAGUGCUGACCCACCUCAAAGAGGCUGAAGGCGGCGUCGUCCACUUCACAACCAGUGUUUGGGUCAGUAGUCAGACAAGAGAAUACUUGACCCUUACUGCCCACUGGGCAACAUACGAGUCAAGUGUCAGACCCCAAGGACAGGACUUCCACUGCUCUGCUCUUCUAAGUGUCUCACAAAUAGACUGUGAUCAAGAUGUGCAGGACAUCCCAAAGCAGCUUGAGUAUCUGUGGGAUUCUUGGAUCACAUCAUCAGGGCUGAAAAAGGGUUUCACUGUAACUGACAACAUUACCAUCAGAAACACUUUGGAGGACCAUGGCCAUGUCACCAUGCAGUGUUUUGGACACACUAUAGACCUCAUUGUAAGCGAAGCCAUAAAAAGUCAAAGGAUGGUUCAGAACCUUCUGAGUAUUGCCCGAAAGAUCUGCGAACGUGUGCACCGCUCAGCAAAGGCCAAGGAAAAACUCGGUGAGCUCCAGGGGCUCCACCAGCUGCCAGAGAACCAGCUGAUUCAGGAUGUUCCUUCCAAAUGGAAGACGUCCUUUUUCAUGUUUGAGCGGCUGGUCGAGCAGAGGAAAGCCAUCGACGAGAUGUCGAUCGAAUGCAACUUCAGGGAAAUGAUCAGCUGUGAUCAGUGGGAGGUGAUGCUGUCGGUCUGUAAUGCACUGAAACCCUUUGAAGUCGCCUGCAGGGAGAUGAGCAGCCGCACUGCCAGUCUGGGUCAAGUAAUACCACUCAUUCACAUCCUCAACAGAAAGAUAGACCUGCUGUUUGAUGAGACUGUGGGCAUAGACAACAUGCUCAAAUCUCUAAAGGAAGCCAUGGUGAGCAAAAUGUCGGCAACACUGAAUGACCCACGGUACAUUUGGGCGACCAUGUUGGACCCACGAUACAAGACGUCAUUGUUUACCGAGGACGAAGCUGAGCGAUGUAAACAAGAUCUAAUCCGGGAGAUGGACGUGUCCUCUUCUACCUCAGUUGCAGACAAGCCUCUGCUGCCCAAUGGCUGCAACGAGGCCCCCGUGUCAUCCAACACCUCCAGUUCAAACAGCCUCUGGUCCCUAAUGGCUGACAUCAGGCAAAAGAUUAAACAUGAGGAGAAGCCAAAGUCCUCUGAGCUGGCAGUGCUGGAGUACCUUGAGGAAGACAUACUUGAUCAAAGCUGUGACCCUCUCGACUACUGGAACCUGAAAAAGUUCCUGUGGCCCGAUCUUGCCAAAGUAGCCGCCCGUUACGUUGGCUGCCCCCCCAGCAUCAUCCCAGCAGAGACACUGUUCAGCACAGCUAGUGUCAACUGUGCCCUAAACCAGCCCAGGCCUGUACUGGAAAAUAUAGAGGGUCUGCUGUUCCUCAAGGUCAACCUCCCUUUGAUCUACUUUCAGUACUGAUUAAUGUUAAGCAUUAACUUGAAAACCCUUUAUUAAGGACCAAGUUGCAUAGCUGUGAAAUGGGUGGGGGGAGGGGUCCGUUGUCGGGCAAAUGUAAAAUAUCAAUUUUUACACUGAUUCUGUGUCUCAAUGCAAAGGCCAGAUUGAGGUUUAAUUGUGUUCUGUGUACUACUGUUAAAACACUUUGAAGCUGUUAUGAUGAAACAUCUCAGUGAGAAGUGUAUCAGGGAGGGAGGGUUUUUCUAGCUGUAGGGGUUGAGGAUAAUGUGUUUGCUUGUAAAUUAAUGUUUCCGUCUUCUGUGUCUACUCUCUCCUUGUGCCUUAUCCAAAACUACUUCAGGUCAAAAAUGCUGUAAAUACGUUUUGUUAGAUUUACGCAGAUCACUUCAGGAUGCUUUUUGUUUUGAUUUCCAUGGAUAAGAUAGAUGCAGAAUGGUUUUCUAAACGAAAACAUGGUCCAAAAAUAAAUGCUGUGACUGAAAGAUGUUUUAAGUUAAUGUUAUUUAAUUUUCAUUGUUGAAUUUUGUGGCUCAUGGUACUGUCAAUUAGAAAUAGAUCUUUUUUACUUGUGAAAUGUUUUUAAUAAGAUAAUGUACAAUAUUGCUGUAUUUUCGGAAUAAGGUUAAUGUUUGUUUGAAAUAUACAAUUUGUCUCUUAAGCACAAUUUGAGUUUAUGUCCAGGGGAAUUAAAUUAUGGGUUUAUUAUUGAAUAUAACAAUGUACUGUACAUUUUUAUAUUAAAUGACUUUGGAGCUUAAUUUGAUAAAUGUUUGAGCAUUGAGAUUGGAACCAUACAAAUUUUGUGGUCAUUUGUAAAUAAAGGUUUUCCUUAUGCAA